AUGCUAGACGGAGACUCUACAAUCUAUGCGCUCUCUACUGCAACCGGGCGAGCAGCCAUAGCAGUUGUGCGCGUAUCGGGUCCGGCCUGUGCCUCGAUAUACAAAAGUAUCUGUCCAAACCACCCACUUCCAAAACCACGCUAUGCAGUUCUCCGCACCCUUUACGACCCAACCCAACCCCCAACUGCAAACACAAUUCUCGAUGCCGGAGCCCUAGUCCUCUACUUCCCCUCCCCACGAACCGCAACAGGCGAAGACAUCCUCGAACUACACAUCCACGGUGGACCCGCAAUAACAAAAGCCGUGCUCUCGGCAAUCGCACAGACAAACACCCCGGAACAAACGGUGCGCUACGCCGAACCAGGCGAAUUCACCCGCCGCGCCUUCAUGAACGACCGCCUCAGCCUGCCUCAGAUAGAAGCACUCGGCGACACACUCUCUGCCGACACCGAGCAACAGAGACGCCUAGCCGUGCGCGGCUCGAGCGACGCAUUGCUGAACCGGUACGAGCGGUGGCGCCAGGGUCUGCUGUAUGCGCGCGGCGAGUUGGAGGCCUUGAUUGAUUUUUCCGAGGACCAGCAUUUUGACGAGUCCACUGAAGAGCUUGUUUCGUCUGUUGCGGGCCAGGUGCGCGCUCUGAGCGUGCAAAUCGGGUUCCAUAUUGCUAAUGCGUCGCGGGGGGAGCUGCUUAGGAAUGGGAUUCGGGUUGCGCUAUUGGGUGCGCCUAAUGCUGGCAAGAGUUCGUUGCUUAAUCAGGUUGUUGGGAAGGAGGCUGCUAUUGUGAGUACUGAGCAGGGGACUACGAGGGAUAUUGUUGAUGUUGGGGUUGAUCUUGGAGGAUGGUAUUGUAAGCUUGGGGAUAUGGCGGGUAUUCGGGCUGAGAGUGGUUCUGGUGAUGGAGAGCAGGUUGUUAUUGGGGCUGUUGAGAAAGAGGGAAUUCGCCGGGCUAGAGAGAGGGCUUUGGAGUCAGAUGUCGUUAUUGUGGUUGUUUCGCUGGAAGACACUGCCACUGGUGCUCGGCUAUUCGUUGAGCCGGAAGUUCUUGGUGCUGUUAAUGACUGCAUUGAGGCGGGAAAAUGUCUCGUCGUGGCCAUCAAUAAGUGCGACAAGCUACAAACUCCUUUGAAAAGUGGUGUGCCGCAGUCAUUGUCUGAUACGAUCCACGACAUCUUCCCUUCGGUCCCGGUAGACCGCGUGUUUGCAAUUUCCUGCGAGGAAGCCAAGCGAGGAGCAUCAUCUCUCAAUACCACUACAGACCCAGGUAAUUUACAGGUCUUUCUACGUGGACUAAUUACGACUUUUGAGCGGAUUGCCUCGCCCCUUGGCAUGGACCGAGAUGGAGAUGGUCAAUAUAAUCUUUCGUAUUGGGAAGAUUCUCUAGGUGUCACGCAUCGCCAAAGCUCUAAUCUACAAAAAUGUCUCGAUCAUCUGGACGACUUCCUAUCCCAAGCCUCACCUGCUGGAUGCCCUGAUGAUUCCUCCCGCGAGGAAGAACUCGGCUCUCUUAAUACCCAUGUUGAACAUGAGGUCGAUAUCGUCACUGCUGCGGAACAUCUGCGCUUUGCGGCUGAUAUGCUGGCCAAGAUCACCGGAAAAGGCGAGAGUGGAGACGUCGAGGAUGUGUUGGGAGUUGUCUUUGAGAAAUUCUGCGUCGGCAAGUGA